UUUGUUAUACAACAAAAAUGCCUUUUUACUACUUUCUAUGAACAGUGACAAAAUAAUUUUUUCAAGUGAAAAGCAACAACAAAGGUCAAGAAUGGUAGUACUACUACUAGUGUUCAUGAACAAUAUAGAAUCUUGAAAUAGCAGAUCAAGAAAAUGGAACUUACCAUAAAGAAAACUAAAUGGAUGGUUCCUUUAGCUAUUGCACUUUUAAUAUCUUUUUUCUUAAUCAUUUUCACUCUUUCAACUAAAACCCCAUUUCAGAAAUCAUCCAUUAAAGCUAAAGUUCCAAUCUUUGUUGAAUCUAAACUACAUAUACCUUCUACUAGACCUAUUUCAACAAUACCCAAAUUGGCAUAUUUGAUUUCUGGUUCAAGUGGAGAUGGGGAGAGCUUAAAGAGGACAUUAAAGGCUUUGUACCAUCCAUUGAACCAGUAUGUUGUACACUUAGACCUUGAAGCACCAGCUGAUGAGAGGUUAGAGUUAGUGAACUUUGUAAAAAGGGAACCUUUAUUUGUUGAAGUUGGGAAUGUGAGAGUAGUUGUGAGAUCUAAUUUGGUUACUUAUAGAGGACCUACUAUGGUUAGUAAUACACUUCAUGCUGCUGCUAUUUUGCUUAAGGAAGGUGGUGAGUGGGAUUGGUUCAUUAAUCUUAGUGCUUCUGAUUAUCCUUUGGUGACACAAGAUGAUUUACUUCAUACUUUUUCAACCGUGCCAAGAGAACUUAAUUUUAUUGAGCAUACAAGUGACAUUGGAUGGAAGGAAUAUCACAGAGCCAGGCCUGUAAUAAUUGAUUCAGGGCUGUACAGCCUGAAUAAAUCAGAUCUCUUCUGGAUCCCGCAGAAAAGGAGUAUGCCAACAGCAUUUAAACUAUUCACAGGCUCUGCUUGGACGAUGCUCUCUCGCCCCUUUAUGGAGUACCUUUUAUGGGGGUGGGAUAACCUUCCAAGAAUAGUCUUAAUGUACUAUGCCAACUUCCUUUCAACGCCUGAAGGAUAUUUCCACACUGUCAUAUGUAAUGCAGAAGAGUUCCUGAACACUACAGUGAAUCACGACCUUCAUUUCAUAUCCUGGGAUAACCCUCCAAAGCAACAUCCACAUGUUCUAACUCUUAAGGAUUACAAGAACAUGGUUGACAGCAAUGCAUCAUUCGCCAGAAAAUUCCGCAGGAAUGAACCAGUGCUUGACAAGAUUGAUUCUGAGCUCUUGGGGCGCAAAGUCGAUGGUUUUGUUCCUGGUAGUUGGUUUGAUGGCGGGGAUUCCAACGCUACAAUCUCACAGUACAUUCUAAGAAACAUAACUUCACUGAGACCUGGACCAGGUGCACAGAGAAUGAAAAGUCUUAUUUCUAGUUUGUUGUCUGAUAAAGAUUUUAGCUCAAAGCACUGCAUCUAGUUCCUGACUGGUUGCAAUUCGCGUGCUAUAAUGGAAAUCUUUCGGUUGAAUAACGGAUCAAUUCAUCGUUGCUUAUUCCCCUCGAACGAUGUUAUAAAUGGGGAAUGGAGCAUCUAUACUUAUAUACUGCUAUAAGGUUAAGAAAGGAGUAGAAAUGUAUGGUUUAUAGGAUGUAUUUUUUCUUCUUUUGAGCAAUUGCUUGUAAUUUUUUGUUGGCCAAAUGGCUGAUGGAUGUUACUAUUAUUGAAUGAGGCACGUUCUUGUAAGACAUGAUUGAGUCUAUAAUACAAUACAUUCAAGAUUUUAAACAAGA